CUUUUAUCGGGGGAGGGGAGUAGGAUUAGUGAUUAUUCUGUCAAACCUCAUCACCAAUAGCAUCUUGAACUCUGUGGGAGGACAGCUGCUCUGUGAGAAGGGUCAAGUCAGGUGAAGACUCCUCCAUUAGGAUCAUGUUUGAAGAUCUUCUCCAGUCCUCUGCUUCAGCCCCUCUGUUUGGGGCCAUUGUGCUUCUGCUACUCUACCUUCUGACCUCCAGCCUGAGCUCCCAUACAAAGCGGAGGGAGCCUCCAGGACCUAAACCUCUCCCCCUGCUUGGUAACCUGCUCCAGGUGGAUCUCAAGAGGCUCGACAGCUCUCUUUUUCAUCUGUCCAAACAGUAUGGACCAGUGUUCACAGUCUACUUAGGGCUGAAGAAGGUGGUGGUCCUGGCAGGAUACAGGACAGUCAAACAGGCGCUGGUCAACCAUGCUGACGAGUUUGGAGACAGAGAGGUCACCCCUAUAUUCUAUGAUUUCGACAAAGAAAAUGGCAUAUUAUUUUCCAACGGUGACUCAUGGAAAGAGAUGAGGCGCUUUGCUAUGUCCACCCUAAAAGACUUUGGGAUGGGGAAGAGGAUUACUGAAGGACAAAUCAUUGAGGAAUGUUACUUCCUGAUUGAAGAAUUCAAACAGCACAAAGACAAAGCCUUCAACAACAGCCGGACACUUGCUUAUGCAGCUUCAAAUAUCAUAUCAUCUCUGGUGUUUGGGAAGAGGUUUGAAUACAGCGACCCUGAACUCUACACUUUCGUGGAUCGAGACCGUGAGACCAUCUAUCUCACAGGAUCGAUGUCCAUCCUGAUAUACAAUGCAUUUCCUUGGCUGGGCCCUUAUCUUAAAAACUGGCGAGCUCUGAUGAAGAAUAGAGAAAUCAAUGUGAAGAACAUGAGGAGGAUAAUAGCAGAGAUGAAGGAGAUGCUCAACCCUGAGAUGUGCAGAUGCUUUAUUGAUGCAUUUCUGAGCCGCAAGCAAAAUCUGGAGGAGUCUGGAAUUAAGGAUUCACACUACCAUGAUGACAACCUGCUUUUCAGUGUGACAAAUUUGUUUGCUGCUGGGACAGACACCACGGCAACGACACUUCAGUGGAGCCUGCUCUUAAUGGCCAAGUACCCUCAUGUUCAAGACCAGGUGCAGGAGGAGCUGAGCAGGGUGAUCGGAGGCCGUCAGGUUCGAGUGGAGGACAGGAAGAACCUGCCGUACACAGACGCCGUCGUCCAUGAGACGCAGAGACUGGCUAACAUUGUCCCCAUGGCCAUUCCUCACAAAACCAGCCGAGACAUCACMUUCCAGGGCUACUUUAUUAAAGCGGGGACUGUUGUGUUUCCUCUUCUUACUUCUGUCCUGACUGACAAGAGCGAAUGGGAGACGCCACACACUUUCAACCCUUCUCACUUCCUGGACAGAGAGGGUAAAUUCAUSAAGAGAGACGCCUUCAUGCCCUUUUCUGCAGGUCGCAGAGUGUGCCUCGGAGAGAGUCUGGCAAAGAUGGAGCUCUUCAUCUUCUUCGCCUCCCUCCUUCAGCGCUUUCGCUUCACUCCUCCACCAGGCGUUACGGARGAUGAACUGGAUCUGACGCCGGCUGUGGGCUUCAUCCUCAGCCCUUUACCUCUUGAGCUGUGUGCAGCCAGUCGCCAGUGAGGGAUUUCUUUUCUUUCUUUUCAUGCUAUUCAAAUCCUCAAGAUCAAGAGCUGUAAAUAAAUUCAGAUCAGCAUCAGGAGAUAGAACUUACCUGACAAGAUAAUGAACUAAUUAAAGAUGGGAGCACAGACUAGCCUUUUUUUUUAUUUUAUAUAUAUAGAAUUUGUUGAUGUUAGUUUGAACAGGUUGAUAGAAAUUGAAUAUAUUUAGUCUUUUAUAGUAAGAGAUGACAUGAGUGUAUUCCUGCUUUCAGUUAAUUGAAUUGAUCU